AUGGCUUUGGAUAUUACAUGUGGAUUAAAAUGUUUACACUCAAAGAAGAUAAUUCAUAGAGACUUGCAUUCAAAAAAUAUAUUAGUGAAUAAUGGUAGAUUAUUAAUUGCGGACUUUGGAUUAUCUAAACAUUUAACAGAUGCUACGUCUAAUUCAACGGGUAAUAGAACAGGAAUUACCGAAUAUAUUGACCCACGAUGUUUUAGGGACUUUAAAUAUGUAAGGCGUGAAAAGUCUGAUAUUUAUAGUUUAGGUAUUUUAUUAUGGGAAAUUACAAGCGGACGACCUCCUUUUCAUGACGAUAACGUCUCACAAGCACAAGAUGACUCAGAACAAAGUAAUUUGCGUUAUCACAUUGGUCACUUGAAUCUUAGAGAAAAACCAAUUGAUGGUACACCUUUAGAGUAUCAACAACUUUAUCAAAAAUGUUGGGAUGGUGAUCCAGAGAAAAGACCUGAUGUUAAUCAAGUAUAUAAUGAAAUUUUGUGUCAAUAUAAUGCUGAUGAUAUCCACGAAAAACAUGAAGAUUUCUCUAGCAGUAAUAGUCAUGAUAAUUUAAAUAUAUCAUCAGACUAUUCAGAGCCAUACUUAGGAAGUGAGUUUGAUUGA